CGCGAUGGCGGAGAAGGCGCUGGAGGCCGUGGGCUGUGGCCUAGGGCCCGGGGCUGUGGCCAUGGCGGUGGCGUUGGAGGACGGGGCGGAGCCCCCUGUGCUGACCACGCACCUGAAGAAGGUGGAGAACCACAUCACCGAAGCUCAGCGCUUCUCCCACCUGCCCAAGCGCUCCGCCGUGGACAUCGAAUUCGUGGAGCUGUCCUAUUCCGUGCGGGAGGGGCCCUGCUGGCGCAAACGGGGUUACAAGACCCUCCUCAAGUGCCUGUCCGGUAAAUUCUGCCGCCGGGAGCUGAUUGGCAUCAUGGGCCCCUCUGGGGCUGGCAAAUCCACGUUCAUGAAUAUCUUGGCUGGAUACAGGGAGUCUGGAAUGAAGGGACAGAUCCUAGUCAAUGGGAGGCCACGGGAGCUGAGGACCUUCCGUAAGAUGUCCUGCUACAUCAUGCAGGAGGACAUGCUGCUGCCUCACCUCACGGUGCUGGAAGCCAUGAUGGUCUCCGCUAACCUAAAGCUGAGUGAAAAGCAAGAGGUGAAGAAGGAGCUGGUGACGGAGAUCCUGACAGCACUGGGCCUGAUGUCCUGCUCCCACACGAGGACAGCCCUGCUCUCCGGAGGGCAGAGGAAGCGCCUGGCCAUCGCCCUGGAGCUGGUCAACAACCCACCUGUGAUGUUCUUCGAUGAGCCCACCAGUGGUCUGGACAGUGCCUCUUGUUUCCAAGUGGUGUCCCUCAUGAAGUCCCUGGCCCACGGGGGCCGCACCGUCAUCUGCACCAUCCACCAGCCCAGUGCCAAGCUCUUCGAGAUGUUUGAUAAGCUCUACAUCCUGAGCCAGGGUCAGUGCAUCUUCAAAGGCGUGGUCACCAACCUCAUCCCCUACCUGAAGGGGCUUGGCCUGCACUGCCCCACGUACCACAACCCAGCCGACUUCAUCAUCGAGGUGGCCUCCGGCGAGUACGGAGACCUGAACCCUAUGCUGUUCAGGGCUGUGCAGAACGGGCUCUGUGCCAUGGCUGAGAAGAAGAGCAGCCCUGAGAAGAACGAGGUCCCUUCUCCCUGCCCCCCUUGUCCUCCGGACGUGGACACCAUUGAGAGCCACACCUUCGCCACCAGCACCCUCACACAGUUCUGCAUCCUCUUCAAGAGGACCUUCUUGUCCAUCCUCAGGGACACGGUCCUGACCCACCUGCGGUUCACAUCCCACGUGGUGAUCGGCGUGCUCAUUGGUCUCCUCUACCUGCACAUCGGCGACGAUGCCAGCAAGGUCUUCAACAACACCGGCUGCCUCUUCUUCUCCAUGCUGUUCCUCAUGUUCGCUGCACUCAUGCCCACCGUGCUCACCUUCCCCUUAGAGAUGGCAGUCUUCAUGAGGGAGCACCUCAACUACUGGUACAGCCUCAAAGCGUACUACCUGGCCAAGACCAUGGCCGACGUGCCCUUCCAGGUGGUGUGCCCCGUGGUGUACUGCAGCAUCGUGUACUGGAUGACGGGCCAGCCAGCUGAGACCAGUCGCUUCCUGCUCUUCUCUGCCCUGGCCACAGCCACAGCCUUGGUGGCCCAGUCCCUGGGACUGCUGAUCGGAGCUGCCUCCAACUCUCUGCAGGUUGCCACCUUUGUGGGCCCAGUCACCGCCAUCCCUGUCCUCUUGUUUUCUGGCUUCUUUGUCAGCUUCAAGACCAUCCCCACUUACCUGCAAUGGAGCUCCUACCUCUCCUAUGUCAGGUAUGGCUUCGAGGGUGUGAUCCUGACCAUCUAUGGCAUGGAGCGAGGGGACCUGACGUGCUUAGAGGAACGCUGCCCCUUCCGGGAGCCACAGAGCAUCCUACGAGCACUGGACGUGGAGGACGCCAAGCUCUACAUGGACUUUCUGGUCUUAGGCGUCUUCUUCCUGGCUCUGCGGCUGCUGGCAUACCUUGUACUCCGCUACCGGGUCAAGUCAGAGAGAUAGAGCCUUGCCCUGGCCUGCGCCCUAGCCCCCGCAGCAGGAAACCCCCAGCCCCAGCCCUUUGGGACUGUUUUAACCUUGUAGACUUGGGCAUCAGUUGCUGGUGUAGUCACCCUCCCCUCCCUCAGCUCCUCCAUGGGCCGGCUGGCAGAUUGGACUGGCCCCCCAGCCUCGGCCCUGGGAACAGGGGCUCCAGCCCUCUCCACCAGGCCCAGAAGUCUUCCCAGGUUGAUGCGGUUUGUAGCUUCCUCCCUAAUCUCUCCAACACCUGCAUGCGAAGACCACCGGGAGGCUGCACCUCCUUCCUGUCCGCGGCACUCCCCUCUGUUGUCUGUUGGGGAGCCUUGGGCUCACCAGGCCCCCACUUACAAUUGACCAAAGUGGCCCCCUCUGGGGGUCCCCACCACACAAGUGUUUGCAAACUGGGCUGCUAUGAGGUUGGAGUCCCAGGGCUGGGCCCUGGUGGGGUCCCCUGGAAGUCCCAUUACGACAUUGGACUAGGUCAGGGAAGGACUCUGGAAGUCUCUUCCUUCUCCUCAUAUUUUCCCCAGAGCCUGGCUGGUGUGGACAGAAGCUGGGCUUUCUGUCCUGGGGAUUGGAGAGGUCUGGGCCCAUGGGAGGCCCAGUCCUCUCUCUGCAUUACUGCUGGGGAGAGUGGGCCUGGUGGUACUUCUGCAAUAAUGUCUGUGUUCCUCUCCCACCUGCCACUGGACCUGGAGAAUGCACUUUAUUCUGGGGCUGAGCAAGGGGUGACCCAGCCCUCCCCUCUCGCUGCUCCUGAUGCACGGUCUGCAACCCCCCACCCCCACCCCCAGCGCUAUAGGCUCACACGUGUGAACAGGCAAUCUCUGCCCCACACUCGCCACCCUAUGGCCCACAGGGGGAGUGAUGGGGUGGUGGGGGUGCAUACUGCGGGGUGGGCAGCGCCAGCCUCCUCUUGGGAUCCCACUUUAAAGACUUGAAGGGUGAGGCUGGCGCUGCCCAGGGUGUCUCCAGGACCUGCAGGUGUCUACCCUCAAUGUUCCCUCUCUCCCCAGCCAGGGGUGGCACAGGGCACUAGCUCCCUGGAAUUCAGGACCCAAAACAAGCACAAGCACGGGUACAGGGUGGCCUUGGCCAUCGCCACCCCCGGCCCUCUUGUUGUGCUCCAGGCUGGCAUCAUUCUCUUUUCCGUACCCCUUCCUCAGCCGCUUGCUGCUGAAACUCCUGUCCGCAUCUCUCCACCCCUUCCCAUCAGCAGGUGGCCCCAGGGCACUAGGGUGGCAGACACAUGUAGAACAUGUCUGGCUUUCCUGGUGGGUCCAGGCUCAUUCUACUUCUUCUUAUGUUUUUUUUUUUAUUUUUGAAAGAGAUUUUUUGCUAUAGGGUGUGUGCGCUCGCC